AUGGAUGCUGCCCUGAGCGGGUCAAGCAUCUCCAACGAUGAUUCCAACAGCGAUCUUGUGGAGGAGCUCGAGGAUGAUUUCGAGAUGAGCAGUCCAACGGGGACGCCCGUCACUCUGACUGGCAGCGGCAAUGCGGAGACACACAACAUCAAGAAGCUGAUGAGGGACACAGCGCCGUACGCCUUUGAGAAGUGCUUUGGCGAGAGGGCCGUGGCCAACUGGAGCGACACCGUGCAGCAGGACAUCUUCAAUGCUGCCAUGCACAUGGUCGACCUGACUGCCCUGAAGCUCAAGGCGCUGGUGAGGUAUGCCGGUCUGCCGGAGACAUGUGCGGAGUUGGAGGAGGACCUGACUGGACUGCUGGAGGCGCUGUCGCGCAUCCUUGACCCGGCCACACACUUCCACCAGCACAACAAGAACCAGGACCCCGGCGGGGUCAGGGGAUUGCAGGAGGGAUUUGCCCUGCCGCUGCGGUCGCCGGCUGUGAGUCUGGUGGACGCUGAUCCCGAGGCGCUGGAGGCAGCAGAGGACAUGAUGGGGGAGCAAUUCUGCUGGCUCGCUGCGCUGCUCAACUGGUUUGCAGAGAAGCACGGCUUUGACGCCGUCUGCAAGUUGUGCGAGCUCGCAACCUGCUCCUUCUCGCUGCUGAAGAUGGUCUUGGAUCCGCUCAUAAAGGCGAUACAGUUCCUGUCUCCGAGGGCGAGGACUGCGCUAGCGGAGCCGUGUGGCGCACUACUGGACCGCCACAUCAACGGCCGCCUCUCCGACGGCGUUGAGGCCCUGAGCGACUCUGGCCGCGACCGCAUGUUCAACGGCGUUUCUGCGCUCUUCGGCCAGAUUCACAUCGUGCUCGCCUGCCCGCUGAGCCCCGUGCGCGCUGACGAGAUGGUGUCGGCGGUGCAGCGGGCCUUUGUGGAGCGUCUGCUGGAGCACAGCGUGUUCAACAAGCACCUGACGGCCGUGCGCGAGAUCAACAAUAUGCUGCAGCGGGCCAAGGACGUCCGCAGCGUCUGCCCAGGGCCGGAGGGCCAAAAGCCCAUGAAGGACGCGGUGGGCUGGCUGGUGCAGAAGGGCAUGGUGCAGGUUCUGCUGCGGGCGCAUUUGCAUCAGAGGCAGUAUGUGGACCAGGUGCAAAAAGUGCUCAAGACGCUGGCCACCGAGGACGGGCUGCGCGCAGACCACCUCGAGCUGCUCUGGAACCUCACAGAGAAGGUGGACACAUUUGAGGCGGUGAAGACAAAUGUCUACAGCGUGCUGGGAGACCUAGCCAAGGACUUGCACGGCCCCGAGCUCGACCUGCUCUUCUCAAAAUUCGAGGCGUGCACCGGCUGGCCUGCGCCAGAUACCCUCAAGGCCAUGGACCUUCUCAAGCAGCUCGCCAAGUCCGACGCCAAGGGCACAUUGGCGCAGCGGGUGCUGGGUCUGCUGUGGGGGCUCACAUUCGCGCCUGGCGCACCGGCCGAGGUGGCCCAGAGCCGCGUGCUGUCAGACUCGCUGCACCACUAUGCCAGCGUGGACGAGGUGGGAACGCCCCUGGUCUGGGACUACAUGCGCCGCUGCAUCAGCCAGAUUAAACGGGAUGACAACCCCAUGGCGCUGACUGUGCUCAACAGCCUGAUUGAGGCGUUCCCUUCCAGGGUCACAGGCGCCAAGCAGGACCUGCGGACGCAGGCGGUGCAGACCCUGGACAGCGAGUUCAACAUUGUGGAGGUGGUUGUGUCCAGCCUGGAGGCGUUCAAGGACAAGGUUCGCGCUGCCGCAGCGGCCUCGUCUUCAAACGGCGCGCCGGGAGAUCCCGCAGAACAGGAGGCCGAGCUUUUGCAGGGCAAUGCAACUCUGCAGUAUGUGACCUUCCUUGACACCAUCAACCUUCUCACCGGCGAGCCUCUGCGGCUCAAAUACCUGCAGCGGCUUUGGGCGUGUCUCAUUGCGCGACCAUGCAUCAAGUCAGAUCCGCAGAUGGCAUUCUCUCUACUGCAUGCAAGCGCGUCCAAGACAUUCAUUACCACGGCUGACAUGGCAGCCCUCUUGACUGACAGCUUCCCCACCCUUGACCCUGCCACCAUUGCACACAAAGCCUUCGAGUGCUUCGAGUGGUUCCUGCAAAAGGUUGCAUUCGAGGAGGGCAAGCUUCAGAAUGAGCGCGUGGAGGAGUCCAGCCCUGUGUUGCCGGGAAACAUCAUCCGCACUGUGCUGCUCUCCCGGGACCUCGACCUCAAGGGGCUGCCGUACCUGUGGUCUGUGGUGCUAGAUGGGCCCCCCCACCUGAUCGCUGACAGGGCCCGCACAUUACUGGUCAACAUGCACGUCAGACUGGCAGACAACCUCGUGCCUAAGCAGGCCGAAGUGCGACUCGGGCUCCUCAGGAGUUGCCUGGACAGGCUUCUGGCGGCGGCGCAUGCGCUGACUGGACUGCCGGAGGGCCUCUCGGACUGGGGGGCCUUUGGGGGACCGGUCCCCCCGGAGGAGACCCCCGGCUAUGCCCGGGACGCGCAGCGCGCCGUCCGCUGCCUGGCCGUCAUGCAGCAGCUGGUGGAGGACUGCCAGGGCGGCCAGGGCGGUAAAAUGCUGGGGGCCACUCGCGGCCGCAUCCCCCUCUUCACGAAUGACUACGUGGGAGUGCUACGGCGGAAAGUUGCUGCCAAGAUGGCCACGACUGCCCCUCAUGUCCGCCUGCUGUUCAGUGGCCAGGAGCUGCGCAGCGACUCACGGCUGAUCCAGGACGCGGGGCUGGCGGAGGGCCACAGUAUCCACGCCAUAUUCACCCCCCACACCAACUCCUACACCGAGCUCGCCCCCGACGAGGCCGGCGCGCAGCGUUCCGCAUCCCCCGCCCUCCUGCUUGCGCAACAGGAGGGAUUCUACGAUGUGCUGCUGUGUCUUGCCGACUUCUGCCCCGUUACGGGCGUACGGCACGCGGCGACGCAGCUGCUGGACAUGCUGCCCACAGACCGGGGGAUCCUGGGGGAUUUGCGGCGCGCAAUCGACUCGCCAACCCCUGCCGAAUCGCUCAUGACCCUCCUGCUGCCCGCCGGGCAGGACGGGCAGCCCAUCGCCAAACCUGCCCGCCUCUUCUACACGCUGCAGGCUCUUAACAGCCUGCUGUUCCCGGUGUUUGAGGAUCCUGAGUCACUACAGGCGGCCAGUGCGCUGCAGCGAACAGCGCUGGCCUCCAACUGCGUGGGCGUACUGCUGCGCGCCCUGCAGGUCAACAGCGCAGCCUUCGACAAAGACAUCCUGUUGAUGCGGAAGCUGUAUGCGACGCUGCAGCUGCUGCUCAGCCGCCUGCUCAAGCGCGCGGCGGCUGCCCCGCAGCUUCCCCCGCAGCUUCCGCUCAGCCGCCCUGCACAGAGCGACAGCGCAGCUUCUGACAUGUCCAUGGGCAAGCCUGCAGGUUCAGCAGUUGCUAUGGAGGUGUCGAACGCUCCCGCUGCUGCCAGCACGGCAAGCGCUGGGGCGGCUGCCGGCCAGGGGAGCGCGCCGAUUGGAGCGGCGGCGGCUGCGGCGCCGGGCAGCGAGGGCGUUGCCUCCCCGGCAGCCAGCGCGGAUCCGGGCAUGCUGCAGGAGAUGCUUGUGUUCUUUGUGCACCUUGCCCUUCACGCCUGCCGCGGCUGGGGAGCUCCGGCGCCGCCUGAAGCGGUCCUGGAUUCGGAAGAGGACACCCUGCCCGAGCAGGAUGUGCGCCUCUUUGUGGAGGCCCUGAAUGGGCUGCGCAGCCUACUGGAGUGGCAACCCGAGCUGCUGGAGAGCCUGCUCUCCUAUGAGGGCGCGCGCACGCUGAUGGUGGAGGGUCUGUUGAAUGUGCGCCACGAGGAGGUUCGCCGUCGUACGGCGCUCCUGAUGGAGCUCAUCUCCUGCAAGGGCAUCGGCCACCCAUUUGCGCUGCAGCUCCUUGACAGGUCCACGGCGGCGGCUGACGCUGUGCCGCACCACUGCGAUGCGUUCUACGAGCUGUUCUGCGACCUCGUGAGGGAAGCCGAAGUGCAGCUGGCGGAGCAGCUGCUGGGGAAGCUGGUAGCUGCGCUGGCAGCUCCCGACGACGGCAUGGCCGACAACGUGCCGGGCCGGCCGCCCGGCGCCGGCGGCUGGCGGCUGGAAGGGAAACUGAAGCUCACGCUUGCACUUGUGCAGACUCUCGAUCGGCGGUCGAUUGGCACCUGCUCCGAUAGCGGGCUCGUUGCUAAGCUGCUCUCAGAGUACUUGUUUCCGGCGGCUGCGUUACUGGCGCGCAUACAUGGGGAGAGGGGAUUCUGCGUGGCCAGUCUACCGCAGCGUGACCUCUACCUCGCCCUCAACGCCCGCUGCUCCACCAAAGCCUCUCGCCAGGCAGCGCUGGAGCUGGUGGCUGACCUGAUGGAGAACAGCAAGGUGUGCCUCAAGGAGGGCCUGCAGCACCUCACCUGCCUGCACUUCCAGCAGGAGCCCUUCGCCGACUCUGAAGUCAACCUUUCCGGCCUCUCCAUCACCAGGCAGCCGAGCGGGUUUGUGGGUUUGAAGAACGCGGGAGCCACGUGCUACAUGAACGCGGUGUUCCAGCAGCUCUUCAUGCAGCCCUCAAUCCGCGCGCUCGUGCUCGGCGCGCGCGAAGAGCCGCCCGCCGAGCGCACCGAGUCCACCUUCUACCAGCUCCAGGCGCGCGCACUCCUUUAUAUUCUUUUUUUGCGGAUGUUCGCGCACCUGGCGCUGAGUCACUGCCACUUCUACCGGCCGGCCGGUUUCUGGCGCACCUUCAAGGACUACGAUGGUGAGCCUCUCAACGUGCGCGAGCACCAGGACGCCUAUGAGUUCUUCACCCGCCUCCAGGAUUUGGUGGACCAGCAUCUGCGUGAGCGCAAGGAAACGCCGGCGAUGCAGGCGGUGAUGGGUGGGACAUUCGCGCAGCAGAUAAUCUGCCGAUCUGUCAACUACCGCUCCGAAAAGGAAGAGGACUUCUACCAGAUAAGCUUGGAUGUGAGGGGGAAGAAGAACCUGGAGGAGAGCCUGGACUUCUACUGCCAGGGCGAGCUCAUGGAAGGGGACAACCAAUACUUCUGCGAGCAGGCCGGCAAAAAGGUUGAUGCGGUGAAGCGCAACUGCAUCAAGGUGCUGCCACACACGCUGGUGAUUCACUUGAAGCGCUUCGAGUUCGACUAUGAGACCAUGACGCGCUGGAAGAUCAAGGACAGGUUUGAGUUCCCCCAGGAGCUGGACAUGUACAAGUACACAGUGGACGGCCUGGCCGCGCGCGAGGAAGCCGACGCGGCAGCUUCCUCGGAAGCUGCCACCACCUCCCUGGCAGCUGCCGACGACGGCGUCGCCGCCGCAGCCGCCUCCAGCGAGGGCCAUGAGUCGGCCAUGUCAACUGCCGCCGAGCCUUCCACCCCAAAGGAGCCGCCAAAUGCAAAGCAGUACCAGUACACUCUGAAGGGGAUCGUUGUGCACUCGGGGAGCGCCUUUGCCGGCCACUAUUACUCCUACAUCAAGAGCUGCUUUGCCUUUGCCAGCCACUACUAUUCCUCCAUCAAGGUGAGGAAGCAGGAGGGGCAGGGCCCCGCAGCUGGGCAGUGGCUAUGCUUUGACGACAACCAGGUGGAGCCGUGGGAAAUUGCCAACCUCGACCGAGACUGCUUUGGAGGCAAGCACUCGGACAGCGGCUUUGGCGAUCGCAGCAGUCUGCUCGCACAGGUGACGGAGUUUGACCGCCCCCACAGCGCGUACAUGCUGUUCUACGAGCGCAGCGAGGAGCUGGAGCCCAUCGAGAAGCUGCUGCAGGCCAGCGUCCCUUCCGCCCCAACCCCUGAAAACACCCCCGCAUCCGGACCCCUCUCCAAGGGCCUCGAGGCGGGGAUGACGGGGGCGGACCCGGCGGCGCAGAGCGCGGUGUCGGCUCGGCAGAUCGGCGGCGGCGGGCAGAGCCUGUCCACAGUGCCGGUGCCCAACAUGGCCGCCACCUGCCCCUCCAUCCUCGAAGAGGUCAUCAAGUCCAAUCUGGAUGAGAUUGAGGACGUGCACUUGCUGGACCCGGAUUUCUUCCGCUUUGUGCGACGGCUGGUGGAGGCCAAUCUGGAGGCAUGCCAGCGAAAACUGCGCCGCACCGAACCCUCCCCCACCAAAUCCGCCGCCUCCGCCGGCUCGGCCGCCGGUGCCGGCAGCAACGUUGGAUCGGCUGGCGGGUCGGCGCGCAGAAGUCUGAGGGCGGGGCGUAAUGAGGACAUGGAGCACAUUGCGCUGCUCACCACCAACCUUGCCAUCAGAUUCGUCUUCCUGGUGUACCUGCGCGCGAACGCGACGCUGCGGGAUGACAUGCGCGAGUGGCGCUCCGCGCUCAACGCUCUGUUUGAGGCAACGCCCCUUGCCGCGCGCAUGCUGCUCGCCCUGGCCUCCGGCGACGGCCUCGCCGCCUUCUCGCAGGCACGAAGCUUGCUCAUCGUGUUUCUAGAGCGCCGUGGCGGCGGAGCCGUCGGCUCUAUUUUGCGGUGGCUGACGGGCUCUACGUUUGCGGGAGGGCGCCCGUAUUUGCCACAGUGGCUGAAGUGGACCGAUCGGCUCCUGAUACGGGAAUGUGCUGUGCUGGCGCUGGGCUUGGGCGGAUCGUCGCGCGAGCUGUCGGGGCACUUCCUGGAGACCUACAUCUCACGCAACGAGCAGGAGGACGUGCGGGAGUGGGUGGGCCAGAUGGUGAUCGACGCGCUGCAAUUCGCGGUGCGCUACGAUGGCGGCGGAGAGAUUGCUCUGGCGCGCGAAGAGUUUGCGACCGAGGAGGGCAGCGCGGCGUGGGUGGUGGAGAUUCUGGUGACGGAGCUUCGGCGCGCGGUGGCGCUGCGGCCGCGGCCGACCAAGCCGGGGCAGAUGCAGCCGCGGCUGUGGAACGAGCAGAUCUACAACAUCAUCCGGGCGUACGCGGAUCUGGGGGCGGUGCAGAGGGAACACCUGCUGACGGAGGGCAUUCUGGGGCCCCUGCUGAAGACUCUGGAGCGUUGGGCCGAGUCCAGCAUCGGACGCGACGCCGCGCCGCACACCGAGCUGCAAUCGCUUGUCGCCCUGUUGGGCUCGCUCAUCCGCAGGAUGCAGCACCCGUCGGAGGGCCCAGCGAACGGGGAGAAUCGGUACAACGUUGCGGUGGAGGCCGGGGAAGCGCGGCGGGCGGGCCCGGCCGACCUGCUCUACCGGCUGACAUCCGAGGCCAUGAUGGACCUCUUCCUCACCUUCUCACUGCUCAACGACACGGAGGCGCGUGCGUUGAUGAAGUGGGUGCUGUGGAAUUGCCCCCAGGAGAGCUACAGCUUCGUGCAGGCCAUGGUCAGCCACGUCAAGAAGGCACGCCCAGAAGACAUCUACGACAACAUUGAGGAGAUUGCAGAUCUAGUGUUGGUCAAAGACAUGCUGCUGGAGAGCCGCGUGCGCUUCUUCCUGGGGAUCGAUGAGCCACACAAUCCGCACAGCCCGCCCGAAGGACUGCUGGCAAAUCUGUUCAAGCGGGACAUCCGCAACUACCUGCGCAAGUUCACAUUCGUGCGUAUAGUGCUUGCCGUGGCGCACAAAUUCCCCAAGAUCAAGGAUACAGUGGCCACGUUUGGCAACUGGCAGCUGAUAUACCAUGGCCUUGUGCGUGAGAGCGGCCUCGACGCGGCACAGCACCCGCUCUCCGCCGUGCGCCACCAAACCGGCUUCAGCCACGAGGAUCUGCAGGAUGUGCUGACGGGGAUCAAGGAGCUGUGGGUUGAGAGUGAAGAGGAGGACGCAAGAGCCCCCGGCAAUGAUGUUGGCUGA